UGAACCCGGAAGAGGAAGCACUUGAGUUUUGUUGUUGUCAGAGAGUGCUGAUAGACAUGGGCUGCGACGGGGGAACCAUUCCUAAGAGACAUGAGCUGGUGAAGGGGCCCAAGAAGGUGGAGAAGAUUGAUAGGAACGCUGAGCUGGUCGCCCCGCUGGUAUUACUGCACCCUGAGCCAGGAGAAGCUGAAGAAGCCCAUUGUGUCCUGUGAGCUGGGCAGGCUGUACAAUAAAGAUGCGGUCAUUGAAUUCCUGCUGGACAAAUCUCCAGACAAGCCUCAUGCCGAUUCUGCGGGUCACAUCAAGAGCAUCAAGAACGUCAUCGAAUUGAAUCUGAGUGACAAUCCAGCAUGGACCGGGGACAAAGGCAACACCAAAGGGGACAAAUACGACGAGCAGCGCACACGCAGUUCAUCUGCCCAAUCGUCGGACUGGAAAUGAACGGCAAACACAGAUUUUGUGUGCUCAGACAAUGCGGCUGUGUGUUCUCUGAACGGGCCCUGAAGGAGAUCAAGACAGACGUCUGUCACAAGUGUGGUGCCGGAUUUCAGGCAGAGGAUAUCAUCCCGCUGAACGGUGAGAAGGAUGAGGUGGAGGAGCUCCGGAAGAAGAUGGAAGACAGGAGGUUGAAGGCCAAGAUGGAGAAGAAAUCCAAGAAGUCCAAGGCGGCAGAGAGCGCGGUUUCCAAUGGAGAGACGACUGAAGGAGCUCCGGGACCCUCAAAGACUAUAGAUGGAAACAAAACCAUCCCCAAAGAUCAAGCCAGUUCUGUUUCUACAGCGGAGUCCAGGACAACCGGAACAGGCGCCACAUCCUCCGGCACCGCUACCAAGAGGCCAAACCAUGACAAGUCGGAGGCCUACAAAUCCAUCUUCACGUCACACAGCUCGGCUAAACGCACCAAGGAACAGUCCUCCAAUUGGAUCACCCACACCGCGUAUUACUUCUGA